AUGGAGACGGCCCGCCCAGCGCGGUCGCCCCGGCUGCACACCCUGGCCGCAGCGAAGUCGCCCUUCGAUCAGGGGCCCAAGGCCGUUAGCCUGGACCCGCUGCUCAACGACCAACUCAGCUCCAUGGGGCAAGAGAUUAGCCACCUGCUGCUGCGAGCUGGGCCCGCCAAGGAUUUCGAGCUCCUCGAGAGCCCGGGCCGCGAACCGGCUCCUCCUCCGCAGCGGAGGCUCUUCCUUCCCUUCAGCAGCCCCCCGCCCGAGACGCAGCAGCCGAAGGUGGCCAUGUUCCGCAGCGGACCUGAGUCCAAGGUGCACGCACCGCCAGUGCCGGCGCAGGCCUACGCAGCCACGAAGGGGGCUGCCUUGGUUCAGCCUGCAAUGUGCAGUCGAUGCCCAGUGCUGAACCUGCAGGUCCGUGCGCUGAGCCAGUCCUUGGCUGGACUCGGGGCGAAGACUUUCAAUUGGUCCUCGGGCCUCAGCAAGCUCCAGCGAAGAGAUCUCGCCGAGGUGGUGUUGGAGUACUGCAGGCCCUGUGCGCAUCUGGACCCCACUCUCGAGGACCUCUGCAUCGACCUUGAGCAGAUCCAGUGGGCCGAGGUCUCUGGGUCUCCAGCGGCAGUGGGGCGAGAGGCGCCGCCUCCAGCAUGGCUCACGAAGGCUCCAGAUUCCGCAGAGGAGCCCCUGCGCCGGCCAGUGAUGGCCUCGCAAAGGGUCGAUCGCCGGCGGCAUAGCUCGCCUAGCUCGCCUCCCCUCGCGGCACCCGCCGGCGAGUCGAGCGAAGCUCAGGGCGAAGUGCCCUGCGAUGCCGAGAUGGGAAGGGCUCAGCGGAAACGCUCCCCUUCACCGCCACCUGCGCUGUCGCCAGCCGUCCACUCUGCCAAGGCUUUGCCGCAGGAUGCGCAGUCCCUGCGGCUGCCGCCCGAUGAGGAUGCCAUCCCCAGCAGCAGGCACAUGAUCGGGUACAAGAGAUGCUACAACAGCGGCUGCAGCAGAUCUUGCAACGAGGACAGCAGGAGCGCUUGGACGUGGCGAAGCUCCAGGAGCUUCAGCAGCUUCUCGCGGGCCUUGGGCAGUGCGCGGACACGGCGCAGGCGGCUCAGACCGUUCAGUCGCCACGCUGGUCGCAGCAGUCGCCGCGUUCCCCGACGUCGCCCUCGCGACAGGAGCCUCCACCGGCAUGCCCGCAGCCGCCCUCCACGCCCCGACCGGCCACCCCGCCGGCGGCGCCCCAUCACGCGGGGCUUCCACUGCUGGUGCCCAGGCAGCAGGACCUGCCGCCAAGACACCCCCCGCACCUGCAGGGCCCAGUGUCUCCUGCGGCUGCUUAUGGGCCGACGAGGCAGCGACAGGCCACCCCACCGGCCGAGCGACCUUCGACACCCUCAACACCUCCGCGGGCUCCUGGGCGCGAGGCGAAGGUCUGCCUGGACGGAUUAG